AUGUUACUAAAAACUAUAUUAUUGAUUUCCUCAUUGAUUUUAUGUGCUAAAAUGAGUCCCCAACGGAAUAUGGAUUAUCAAUCGCAUAUGAAGUUAUUCCGAUCAAUGGCUAGAACUUAUAAAGUUGAUCAACAACCAAUUUCGAAUAAUGGAACAUCGAGAACUCGCGAAUUAUCAGAAACAUCGAAAGAGGAACGAAAAAGUCGAGCGAAAACAUUUGGAAGUUCGACUUUGGCGAUUCCAGAAGUUUCUCGCGAAAAUGUUAAUAGAAAUGAGAGUGUUAUUCAAAAAGAAGACAGCAAGAUUGAGGGAAAUUCAAUUUUUGAGCAAUUGAAUAUUCCAAAACCAGGUGAGAAUUUUCGGGUAAACUUAGAAUAGUUUUGAAGUCAAAUCAGUUUCUAUUUGAGAUGUUUUUAGAAGUUUCUAUUCGCCUUGAGCAAAUUUCAAAAAUUUUAAUUUUGAAAUCUAAUCAGAUCCAUCUGAAAAUUGAAAGUAAUUCAAUUCAGCAAUUUUUUGGAAAAUUUGAGUUUACAGUUGAAGAUAUUCAAAAUCAAAAUUCUGAAGUUUAGUUUUUCUGCUCCAGAAUUUCAAUGAAUUCAAAAGCACUUCUUAUAUUCCAGACAUUUGCGCAACAUGCCCAAAUCUUUGGCUAAACAACACUGCUGAAAUGCAAAACAUUUGCUCAAACUACGAUGCCGUUUCAACAUUCUUCUCAAUGAGUCUCGAUAAACAUUCGGCGAAAAAAGUGGAGGACUCCAGUUCUCAUAUGGAGUGCACAAGAAUAGUGACUUGUUCACAAGCACAUAUGCUUGUCAAAUGGAAAGAUUCCGAAAUUUGUGAUGUUCAUGCACCAACAGCUGGAUCGGAUAUUGAUCCAAAUCCGAAUAAUACUAAUGGUACUAUUGAAAAAUCGGUUCCAAAUACAUUUAUAUAUAAAUGUAAUGGAACACAUUGGUCAAUGCAUGGUUUUCCAUUACAAAGUGUUAUUUGUGCUGUUACAACUAAAUAA